GUUGUGAAGUUAGACGGGUUUUCUGCACACAUAUCAUGGGUCGGUUACGGAGAUCUCGUACACAUCAUGCACAACGCGACGUGCAUCGAGCAUCCCGCACAAGGGCUCGCACAAAAGACUUGGAUCAAAUCCAGCUCAUUGAUCUAGACCCGAAGAAUCGAGCUGCUCUCGAAGCACAACCCAUCGAUCUCGAGAAACCUGGCCUUGCCCAGCACUACUGCGUUGAAUGUGCAAAAUACUUCGAGACUGAUACCGCACUUCGGUCACAUUGGAAGAGCAAAGUACACAAACGACGGUGUAAAGUUUUGAAGGAGCCUGCAUAUACUAUAGAAGAAGCGGAAAGAGCAGCUGGCCUGGGGCGAGAAGGGAAAAGAACGCCGGUUUCUGCACAAGUCAUGCCGAUAGAUACUUAGCGCCUAGCGAUGUGACCCAAGGAUGUUUGCCCGUCCUUGUCUUCCUGGUUGGGAACUCCUGGCCACAUUUGACAGCUCCUCGGGCUGGAUCAUGCCUCGAGUCAGACAUUGGUGUUAUUAUCCAGUGCGUAGGGCCCGUAUGAUCACCGCGCCAGGAUGAUCGGCAUCAAGUCAAGAAUAUCUGCAUCGCUCUCUAGUUCUUGGUUGCGUUUCCAUCACUCCCGGUCGCGCUCAAUCGAGAUUCACACUUUUUUCCCAAAUCAAAAAUUAUUGUUGCUGAGCGGC